AACAGCCGACCACCCAAUACUAUGCUAUCACUGUGGUUAAAAUACGCAGUUUCCUGAUAUUGGAAUCCAAAGGUUAUAAAGCUGCUAAGACUAGAUCAGGAAUGGUUGCUCAACCAAUUAUUUUUUGUCAACGAGUUGGGUUGUCAAAUAUAAAUAUAAACUUGAUAAGCUUUUAGGGAAGUAGAUAUUUCUGCCAUGGAUGAGGAUUCAACUUCAAACUAUUCCGUUCCUCUGUUAACAAACAAAAAUGAGAAUUCUAAUCAAGUAUCCUUCUCUCGAAAAUUUUGGGAAGAAAAUAAGCUCGUAUGGUAUAUAGCAGGACCAUGCAUUUUAAGUGCAAUAUUUCAAUUCUCUCUUGCUUUCACUACUCAAACAUGGGUUGGUCAUGUUGGUACACUUGAACUUGCUGCUUUUGGUCUCCAAAAUUUGGUCAUUUCUGGUCUCUCCUAUGGCAUCAUGUUGGGUAUGGGAAGUGCAUUAGAAACAUUAUGCGGACAAGCAUAUGGAGCAGGAAAACUAACACUGCUAGGGAUUUACAUGCAAAGAUCAUGGGUGAUUCUGCUUGGAACAGCAUUACCAUUAACACUAAUCUCAGUAUUUGCAACACCAAUUUUAUUAAUUUUAGGCCAAAAAAAAGAUAUUGCAGAAUUAGCUGGUACAUUUUCUAUAUGGAUGAUACCACAAUUAUACAUGUAUGCACUGAAUUUUCCUAUGCAAAGAUUCUUGCAAGCCCAAAGUAAAGUAAUGCCAUUAGCCUGGAUAUCAUUUGGAAUUUUAGUGAUUCAUGUUCCGUUAAGUUGGUUUUGUGUUACGAGAUGGGGUUUAGUUGGAGCAGCAGCUUCUUUGAAUUUUUCGUGGGUCUUGGUUGUCAUUCUUCAAUAUGCUUAUAUCGUCUCAGGAAGAUGCAAGGAUGCUUGGAGUGGUUUUUCAUGGAAGGCUUUGACUGAAUUGCUUGAUUUUCUCUGGUUAUCUGUGGCUUCAUCUGUCAUGCUCUGCUUGGAGUAUUGGGCGUUUAUGAUUUUGAUUGUGUUUGCCGGAGUACUUAAAAAUGCUGAAGUUAAAGUUGAUGCAGCUGCUAUCUGUAUGAAUGUGGAAGGGUGGAUAUUUAUGGUACCACUUGGGUACAUUGCUGCUGUCAGUGUAAGGGUCUCGAAUGAAUUGGGAGCAGGAAAUGCAGCAGAUGCAAAAUUCUCUGUUUGGGUUACGGUCUCAGUUUCUCUAGUCACACAGACUGCUUUUGCUGCCUUAAUUUUGGUAACAAGAUAUGACUUCCCAAGACUCUUUACAGAUGACGAGAUUGUUAUGAAAGAAGUUAGCAAUUUAGCCGUGUAUUUAUGCACGUCAAUCAUCCUCUGCGGCGUCCAACCCGUUUUAACAGGUAUGGCCAUUGGAGCUGGUUGGCAGACUAUUGUAGCCUAUGUAAAUAUCACAACCUACUAUCUCAUUGGGUUGCCCAUUGGCGUUUUUAUGGCAUUCAAACUAAAUUGGGGUCUAGAGGGACUUUGGGUUGGAACACAAAUUGGUAUGUGUCUUCAAACAAUCGUUCUCAUAAUUAUGUGUUGGCGAGCGGACUGGGACAAAGAGGUGCAAUUAUCCAAAGAUAGAGUUUCAGAGGAUGUGAGUACAGGCGAGGAACAAAAGUUGAUCCACUGAACUGAAUCAACUUUGAGCUUUUUGUUACAUUACAAAUUUCUGAUCUGUAUACACAUAAAUUUCUUUUGGAGUAGAUGCACCCAAAUGUGAUUUAAAAUUGCUCGAAGUAACUAUCAGUCCCCAUUACCAACCAUCCUUGGAUCAUAUGAAAUUUGGAGUGGAAUUUUGAAACCCCUCCAGCAACCUUGUACAUCUGGUUCUGUUACUGCUAGUAUAAGUUGGAUAUUGAAACAUUAUCAUCCGGUUUUGCUCUACAAAUCAGCUAGUCAAAUUCCAUCUCUUGGGUGUAUGAAAACCGGACUGCAUUUUAUUUCUUUUACCAAAUCAUGUGAUCCGAUGGUUUAAACUUCAUCAAUAGAUGACAGCAACACGCGGCACUCAGCAAAUUCAGCAACAACUGAAGCUAAUAAUAAAGAAGAGUAGUAGUAGUACUACACAAGUGACACUCUUCCGUCUCAAAUGUUGUCAUUUUAAUCUAUUUUUAAGUUUAAAAUAAACAUUUUCCCA